GCCUCCGCCAUCGGGGAGCGUUCUGCUCCCCGCUGACCCGACAGCUUCUGCCGUCCCUGCCCGUCGCGGUGGUCGUCAGGUACCUCAGGGGCCGGCCCAACCCGUCCGGCGUCACUGCUGCUUCCGCCGCCGGUCGCACCCGCGGAUCCCGGCUCCCUGCCGGUAUCGGCCCCAGCGUGCGGCAGAAACUGCGCAGUCGAGCCCGUCUUCUGGCCCGCAGACGGCAGCCACAGUCUAGCGAUAUGAGUCUGUACAACCUGGACCGCUUUCGCUUCGAGAGGAAGACAAAAAGCUCGGAGCAGGAGCCCGUGCCUCCUUCGGCGGCCCAGGUGCAGGCAGCGACUUACGCUGCAGCGGAGGGUGCUGCUGGAGGGGAUGAGGAUGAAGCUGCAGAUGAUAGCAACGGGCCAGCUUCAGAUGCGACAGAGGUAACAGGGCACUCAGCCAUCCCAGAAACCCCUGAAGCCAAGAGGACAAAGAAGGAAUGUUAUUUCAAGCCUCAGAAAAGGGUCCGGUUCCUAGGUGUGUCCUCAGACAGCGACGACGAGCCGCCAAGAAACCGCCAUCCUGCCAGAGGAAAGAGGACCCCCAGGAGAAAUGCAGUUGUAAUGUCUGAACAGUCUUCAUCAUCCUCAGACUCUGAAGAUGAGCUCUCAGACCUGGCCUAUGAAAAUGGUGGGGAUCAGCUGCCAGAAGGGAAGAGGGAUGUGGAAGAUGACAUCAGGGAUGCAAAGCUGCAAACACUGAAGGAGCUUUUUCCCCAAAGAAGUGACAAAGAUUUAUUACAAUUGGUGGAAUCCUCACGGACAAUGGAUGAAGCAAUAGCAGCUUGUUUGAAGAUCAGUAAUGAAGCUGCCUCUUGCAAAAGGAAACUGAAAGAAUCCCCCCCCAAUGGCAAAGACCAAACUGAGCAGGUCAAAAAAAGGCCAAAGACUGAUUAUUUGGAUGAGUCAGACCCCCAAAGACAAUGGGAGAGGCAAGAGGUGCUGGUGAAGAAGCUGCAGAAUACAUUCCCUGGAUUGGAUAAGGAGGAACUGAGAGAUGUACUUCAGGAGCAUAACUGGGUCUUUCAUGAAGCACUGGAGGCCCUGACAGUAUUUGCAGAAGAUGGCAUGGAAUUUUCUCCCAAAAGUAAAGCUUCUGACUGGACUGAAGCUUCUACCCAGAGCAGAAUUGACAAGGGGAAAGAGAAGCCAAAGGAGAAAUCUGCCAGGAAGGGGCAGAAUGGCUUUCAGAAAAAGGACAAGGUCAAAAGGAGCUUUUGGAGUCCUAAAAGAGAAGCAGAAGACUCGGAGGACGAGGCAGCCUCCGAUGGUGGCAGCUCCCUGGAUGAGGACUACGGCAGCGGCGACGACGUGAUGGAGGAUGGUUACAAAGCGAAAAUCCUCAGCUUCCUGCAGGAUGCUUCCCUGAGUGAACUGACUCUGAUUCCCCAGUGCUCUCAGAAAAAGGCUCAGAAGAUAAUCGCGCUCCGGCCCUUUAACAGCUGGGAGGCUCUGUUUACCAAAAUGACCAAGACUACUGGUUUGUCAGAAGACAUAGUGUGGAACUGCAAGAUACUGCUGAAGGAGAGGGAUGUGGUUCUAAGGCUCAUGAAUAAAUGUGAAGAAAUUUCAAAUAAACUGACCAAGCAAGUCACCAAGAUCACUGCAGAUGGAGGAUGUGAAUGGAACAUAGAGCAGCCCUCCAUUCUGAAUCAGAGCUUGGAACUCAAGCCAUAUCAGAAGAUAGGUUUGAACUGGUUGGCACUCCUCCAUAAACAUGGAUUGAAUGGCAUAUUGGCUGAUGAGAUGGGCUUAGGAAAAACCAUCCAAGCUAUUGCAUUUUUAUCAUAUCUCUACCAAGAGGGCAAUAAGGGUCCCCAUUUGAUAGUUGUGCCAGCUUCAACAUUAGAUAACUGGAUAAGAGAAGUUCACCUCUGGUGUCCUGACCUGAAUGUCCUUUUUUACUACGGAUCCCAAGAAGAGAGAAAACAUCUCCGAGUGGACAUUUGUAAUAAAGUUGUUGAUUUCAAUGUGAUUAUCACCACGUACAACAGUGCCAUUAGCAGCUCGGAGGACCGGGGGCUGUUUCGCAGGCUGAAGCUUGACUAUGCCAUCUUUGAUGAGGGUCAUAUGCUCAAGAACAUGAGCUCUGUACGCUACCAGCACCUCAUGACCAUUAAUGCAAAGAAUCGCUUGCUGCUGACGGGGACUCCAGUGCAGAACAACCUCCUGGAGCUGAUGUCCCUCCUGAAUUUUGUGAUGCCACACAUGUUCAGCAGUAGCACCAGUGAAAUCAGAAGGAUGUUCUCCUCAAAAACAAAGAAUGCUGAAGAACAAAGCAUAUAUGAAAAGCAGAGGAUUGCACAUGCAAAGCAGAUCAUCAAGCCAUUCAUCCUAAGAAGAGUGAAGGAUGAGGUCCUUAAACAGCUGCCUGCCAAAAAAGAUCUGGUUGAAGUCUGUGACAUGUCAGAGAACCAGGAGCAGUUAUACUGUGACCUCUUAAACAAACUCAAGAAGACUAUUGACGGUAACGACAAAAAUUCUGACAUGGGCAAUGUCAUGAUGCAGCUGAGGAAAAUGGCGAAUCACCCUCUCUUACAUCGUCAGUAUUACACAGAUGAGAAGCUUAGGACCAUGUCCAAGCUUAUGCUCAAGGAACCCACACACAGUGAUGCUAACCCUGACCUGAUCUUUGAAGACAUGGCAGUCAUGACAGACUUUGAGCUGCACUUGCUCUGUAAGCAGUAUUCUCACAUAGCCGACUUCAAGUUAGGCAUGGACCAGAUCUUGGAUUCUGGGAAGUUCCGAGCGCUGGAACGCAUCCUCUCUGACCUCAAGGAGCAGGGGGACAGAGUGGUGCUGUUUAGUCAGUUUACUAUGAUGCUGGAUGUCUUGGAAGUGUUCCUAAAACACUGGCAGCACAGAUACCUUAGGCUGGAUGGAAAAACACAGAUCUCUGAUCGGAUACAUCUAAUAGACGAGUUCAACACAGAUAUGGAUAUAUUUGUGUUCCUCCUCUCAACCAAAGCUGGUGGCUUGGGAAUUAAUCUGACGUCAGCAAACGUCGUUAUUCUUCACGACAUCGACUGCAACCCGUACAACGACAAGCAGGCCGAGGACCGAUGCCAUAGAGUAGGGCAGAAAAGAGAAGUAAAAGUCAUAAAGCUGAUCAGUAAGGGCACUAUUGAAGAAUCCAUGCUCAAAAUCAGUCAGCAGAAGCUGAAGUUAGAACAGGAUAUGACUGCUGCAGAUUCAGGAGAAGGAGGAACUAUUCCAUCAGAUAUAGCCACGCUAUUGAAAGCAUCCUUAGGCCUCUAAACAUGUAAAUAAGUAGGCUGUGGACCUGGAGGAAGAAGAGUGGUGUUGG